GGUCUGGUGUGAUUGAGCCAAAAAAAAAAAAAAAAUACCAAAAAGAGAGAGAGGGAGCGGCAGGAGGAGCGCCGGGCGGGGAGGGGGCUGUGUCCUCGGGGGGCGUGGGGGGGCUGAGGGAUUUCCUCCCCCCUAUUGUUCUCGUCCCUCCGCGCCCCCCGUUAAUCCCCCCUCAAUCUGGGGCGGGGGGACCCCCCCAGUCCCGCCGGUCCAUGGUGAGGCGGAGGCGCCGGCAGCACCCAGAGAAUGGUGAAUAACACUGAAGACGCUCAAGAGGCUUUGUAACGUCCCAUCCUCAUGUAAAGUAUGCUCAGAACUUUUCCAGUAGUCUGGAAGCAUGUUGGACUUCACUAUUAAAAUCACCACUUAAAAUUGUAAAGAUCUGGUUCACAGCAGGAGAGAAGUCUGGAGCCUGCUGGAAACCAUGUCUCACUACACAGACGAGCCAAGAUUCACCAUAGAGCAGAUCGACCUCCUGCAGCGCCUGAGACGCACGGGAAUGACCAGGCAUGAGAUCCUGCACGCCCUGGAAACCUUGGACCGUCUUGACCAAGAGCAUAGCGACAAAUUUGGGAGAAGGUCUGGCUACGGAGGCGGCUCCUACAGCAACAGCACCAACAACGUCCCGGCGUCUUCCUCGACGGCCACGGCUUCCACGCAGACCCAGCACUCCGGGAUGUCCCCGUCCCCGAGCAACAGUUACGACACCUCCCCACAGCCUUGCACUACGAAUCAGAACGGGAGGGAGAGUAACGAGAGGUUGUCUGCCUUCAACGGGAAGAUGUCACCCACCCGCUACCCCCUGGCCAACAGCCUGGCCCAGAGGUCCUACAGCUUCGAGGCUUCCGAGGAGGACUUGGACAUCGACGACAAAGUGGAGGAGCUGAUGAGGAGGGACAGCAGUGUGAUAAAGGAGGAAAUCAAAGCCUUCCUCGCCAACCGGAGAAUUUCCCAAGCAGUUGUUGCACAGGUAACAGGUAUCAGUCAGAGCCGGAUCUCCCAUUGGCUGUUGCAGCAGGGGUCGGACCUGAGUGAACAGAAGAAAAGGGCAUUUUACAGAUGGUACCAGCUUGAGAAGACAAAUCCUGGGGCUACACUAAGCAUGAGACCCGCUCCCAUCCCAAUAGAAGAGCCAGAAUGGAGACAGACACCUCCCCCAGUCACAGCUACCUCUGGGACCUUCAGACUACGGCGAGGCAGUCGGUUCACGUGGAGAAAGGAGUGCCUGGCUGUUAUGGAGAGUUACUUCAAUGAGAAUCAAUAUCCCGACGAGGCAAAGAGAGAAGAAAUUGCCAACGCCUGUAACGCAGUUAUACAAAAACCAGGUAAAAAGUUGUCGGAUUUGGAGCGAGUUACCUCCCUCAAAGUGUACAACUGGUUUGCCAACAGGAGGAAGGAGAUCAAGAGAAGAGCCAAUAUCGAAGCAGCAAUCCUGGAGAGCCAUGGAAUAGAUGUACAGAGUCCAGGAGGUCAUUCCAACAGCGACGACGUGGACGGCAACGAUUACUCGGAGCAGGACACUUGGCAAGUCCGCAAUGGAGAGGAGGAGGGACGAUGUUCCGAGGGAGGCAGAGAAGCAGAGAAGGUAGAAGAAGACAGGAGGAUCUGCUCCAAACAAGAUGACAGCACUAGCCAUAGUGACCACCAAGACCCCAUUUCCUUAGCCGUGGAGAUGGCAGCAGUCAACCACACCAUCCUGGCGCUGGCCCGGCAAGGAGCCAACGAGAUCAAGACAGAGGCUCUGGACGACGACUGAUGCCAAGAAAGGGGAGGGUCAAAGCAAGAAGUAACUUAGUUUUAGACGUAGCACCUUAGCAGACUUUCCUCGGUCCUUAAUAUGUGUUCUUACAGUAUAACUUUGCAGUUUCUUGUACGUCAGUUAGCUGUUAGGGUCUUGUUCUGUGAAGAUGGCAUGGUGCCCUCAGCCUUUGCAUAUACUCUCUCAGUAUUAAUUCCCAGUAAAUAAUCAAUCAACCAACCAACCUCCCUCUCCCGGCCCCCAGUGGCUAGAAAGGUAAAAUCAAAAAACAAAAAAACAAAAAAACAAAAUAAUCAUAAAAAAAAGAAAAAAAAAAGAAAAAAAAAUAUAUCUUGCUGCUCUGUCUUAGCAUUCAAAGUGCUUCCAGGUAUUUUAGACAGCCCUCAAUUACAAGUCUUAGGCUACACUUAAAAUCUUGGAUAACCUUAGAGAUGGUGUUGAAACCGAUAGUCCGUACGCUUUCCCUGCCCUGAGACUGGAAGGAUGCAAGCUGAGGUAGUGGCACAGGGUGGAUGGACACCAGACCGGGAGUAUCAACAGAGAGUAAAAAGAACACUUAGAAACCCCACUCCAGCAUGGGAAUAAAUGAUUUCCAGCUGCAAUAAGCCGUGCCUCACUGGUCAUACAGUGACUCCGUUUACUUCCGGGUGCUGUGCUGAGAAUGUCCAUUGGAAACACAUUCCCACAUUUCGGUCGAUGCUCACAUAUUCAACACAGACAUCCUCUACUCUCACAAGCUGCCUGGCUUAGUGGAGAAGUGCUGCCUUCUGCCUCUGGGACCAUGGUUGAAGCCCAGCCUGGGAUCAAAUGAAAAAUAAGCUGAAUGUCUAAUGGACAACAGUCCACUUCUCAGAACCGCUGCGCGUUCUUGGCAUGGCUGGCAGUGCCUGCUCAGAAGAGGUCUAGACUCUUACCCAUCUGUCAUUAACAAUUUCACCUUUAAUUCCUCCUCUCUCACCUUUUCUGUCCCCACCCUACUCCCCUCUCCACUUUGCCACUUUCGAAAGCAAUGUUUUCCAGGAAGGUUGUUAAGGUCCUGAAAUGGGUGAGUGGAUUUUCACACGCCUGUGUAAGUAAUGCCUACGUCCCGACUAGCCUGAAAGGUUACUGGAGAAUUCGACAUCUGACCUUUGCUAGAUAACCAUCAGAGCAUAAAUAUUCUCCUAAAUAUGAACUUUUUUUGUUGGUUUGGAGGCAGGAGGAUCUCUUACCUGAGAAAUGGGGUGUGAAUGUUUUGUGUUCUCUUUACUCUGUCUUUGUUAAGGUGUGAGAAAGCUAUACUGCUACGAGCAAUUUAAUUAAUAAUUGGAAGCCAUACUGAUAAUGGAUGUGGUAAUAUUUGUAAAGCAAACCUACUCUAAGUAGCAGGAACUAAUGGAAUUGUUUUCCUUGAUCAUAUGUAGCACUUUUGUUACUUUUUUCUUAAAGAUAUUUAUAUUUGAUAAGUCUUUUUUUUAUCAUUUGAGAAUUCCAAAUACCAAACAGCAAACUUGCAUUACAGAGUCACCCUGCGAUCACCUUGUCAUCUAGUAUCUAAAUGAUGAACUGUGUGUGCAUCUAAGAAAAUUACAUCUGCUAGCAUUGUGUGGAAAUGAUCUCCUGGCAUCCUGAUAAAAUGAUAUGUUGCUGCCGGUAAGAGGAAACAUUUUGAUGGAAACAGCACGAGAAGCGUUAGAGACGGGCAGGGCUGUGUUACAUUAACAGAGAACAAAUUAAAAACCUACGGAAAUUUUGGUGUAGAGGCA